CGACAUUCGAGAUACAACAUUUGACGUAUUGACGUUUACGGUUUUGGUUUUGCUGCGGUUUCCCCCAGCACAGCAAAACGUAUACUUUGUUGACCAGAAACUGGUUUUUAAAUAAAAAAAAGAUUAUUUAAUGUGUAUAAACAUUGAACCGUAAAUUGGGUGCGCGGCGAGUCAAGUUGUCACUUGUGUCGGAACUGACAUGUGGCACUGAAAGAAAACUUAACUUUGAUUUUGUUGAGUUAAAAUGUUUCGAAGUAAAAUAAGAAUACACACGUGUCGCAUAAUAUUAUUAACAUCGUUAGUCUGGCUGCUGGUAGAUGUUGCGCUCUUAGCUAUCUACUCUGACUGCUUCGGCGAUGGUUGUAGUAAGAAGACAAGUGAAGUUGUUGUCAGGAGUAAAGAUACAGAAGACCUCCGUGGUAAAAGAGGUGCGAUAGCAGCAGGUCUACGGAGCAAAGUAGAAGAUGAGGAAACUAAUUUAGAGGAGAAUGAACUAGAGCAAGACAUUGGUGAUGAUGGGCUUAUGCUGCCUCCAUAUCCAAAGUCACGGCUAAAGAGGUGGUCAGUAGUGCCACCUGUGAGGCCACAGGGUGACUCUCCCGGAGAAAUGGGUAAAGCUGUUAACAUUCCAAUAGAACAAGAGAAACUCAUGUUGGACAAAUUCCAGGAGAACCAGUUUAAUUUGUUAGCUAGUGAUAUGAUCUCGUUAAAUAGAUCGCUGACAGAUGUCAGAUUUGAGAAGUGUAAAGGGAAACAAUACCCAGAUUUACUUCCUACAACUAGUGUUGUGAUUGUCUUCCACAAUGAGGCGUGGACAACUCUUAUCCGAACUAUUUGGAGUACUAUAAAUCGAUCGCCUCGGCCAUUGCUCAAAGAGAUUAUUUUAGUUGAUGAUGCUAGUGAAAAAGAACACUUGGGCAAAAAAUUGGAGGAUUAUAUAAAAACACUGCCAGUACCGACCCAUCUCUUUCGAACGGAAAAUCGUUCCGGUCUUAUCCGGGCGCGUCUUUUAGGAGCCAAACAUGUACAAGGAGACGUCAUUACAUUCUUAGAUGCACAUUGUGAAUGCACGGAGGGUUGGUUGGAGCCUCUGUUAGCGAGGAUAGUGGAAGACCGUACCACUGUGGUGUGUCCCAUCAUUGAUGUCAUCUCAGACACGACCUUCGAGUACAUACAAGCAUCGGACAUGACAUGGGGUGGAUUCAAUUGGAAAUUAAACUUUAGGUGGUACCGUGUGCCGGAGCGCGAGAUGUCCCGGCGCGGCGGAGACCGCACGGCGCCGCUGCGCACGCCGACCAUGGCGGGCGGCCUCUUCGCAAUAGACCGCGAGUACUUCUACAAGAUCGGCUCCUACGACGAGGGCAUGGACAUCUGGGGCGGGGAGAACCUCGAGAUGAGCUUCCGGGUGUGGCAGUGCGGCGGGCGGUUGGAGAUCGCGCCGUGCGCGCACGUGGGCCACGUGUUCCGCAAGACCACGCCCUACAGCUUCCCCGGCGGCACGGGCCGCGUCGUCAACCACAACAACGCACGCCUCGCCGAAGUCUGGCUCGACGAGUGGAAGCAUUUCUACUACAAUAUCAACCCAGGUGCACUAAACGUGCCCGUUGGUGACGUCAGCGAACGCAAGGCGCUAAGACAGAAGCUCAAGUGUAAGAGCUUCAGAUGGUACUUGGAAAAUAUAUACCCUGAGAGUCAGAUGCCUUUGGACUACUACUUUUUGGGAGAGAUACGUAACGCGGAGACAUCGAACUGCCUGGACACUCUGGGCGGCAAGGCGGGCCAGCCGCUGGGUAUGGGCUACUGCCACGGUAUGGGCGGCAACCAGGUGUUCGCCUACACCAAGCGCAAGCAGAUCAUGUCCGAUGACAACUGUCUGGACGCCGCACAUCCACGUGGACCCGUCAAGCUCAUCCGAUGUCACGGCAUGCGCGGCAACCAGGAGUGGACCUAUGAUGUUAAGACACGUACAAUAAAGCACAGUAACACGGGCAUGUGCCUGGAGAAGCCGGAGUCGGGCGACGUGUGGAAGCCGGUGUUGCGGCCGUGCUCGCGCGCUCGCGGCCAGCAGUGGCUCAUGCAGGUCGACUUCAAGUGGCAGGCGCGACAUGGCUCCCGUCUCGCCGACAGGCCCAGCUAGUGACACAACACAAGAACAACGAUAGACCAUCAAAGUCUUCCCCUGUCAUUAGUAAUAUCAGAUUUUAUUCCUUAUUCCUAUAUCAGAAGUAAUGUAAUUAGAUGUAACGCCUCGGCACUCGGGCCACGUGAAUUGUUGACAAUACGAUGAGAGAAUGUUAUAACAUUUUGUAUUCCCUAAAAAAUAUAUGUAAAAAGUUGCUCAAACUUGACAUAUAAUAUUGUAUUGUGUAAAUUUUACUAUCCUGCUUUUUUAUUGCGUGAAUGUGGAUUUUAUAUCAAAUACAAGUAUUUUUUUUUGUUGCGAAAA